UCCUCUCGUCGGGAAAUAAUGGGAAACUAAAACCACCACCAUCCGUCACUUCCUCGAACAAAAAGAAUAGCAAGGAAAGGCAAAAAAAACAAGGAAAUAAGAAGACGGAAGAAAACCACCACCUUUGGGAACCGCCUUCUCUCCUCAAUCCCAGACGCCCUUUUUGAUCCCUCUCUCUUCCCGGCUCUUGAUCAAAGACACGUGCAAUCCAUCGGAUCGGGCCCCCCAGGCCGACGGGCGGCUGGUGAUGGCGGAGGCGGUGAGAUGGGGAACGUGGGAGGAGCUGGUCUUAGGCGGCGCCGUGCUCCGCCACGGGGCCGCGGCCUGGGACGCCGUCGCCGCCGAGGUCCGGGCCCGUACCCCCUUCCCCUACCUCUUUACCCCUCAGGAAUGUGAGGCCAAGUACGGGGAAUUACGAGAGCGAUACUCGGGAUGCGAUGCGUGGUUUGAAGAACUACGGAAGCGGAGAGUUGCUGAACUAAAACAAGAGUUGGAAAAAUCGGAAGACUCUAUCGGGUCUUUGCAAUCCAAGCUCGAGAGCCUUAGUGCGGAGAGACAAAGCGACUGUAAUUUUGAAUAUGAUAGCCGCCGGAUGGAGUCACCCUCUCCCACUGAAAAUGCUGGUGAUAUUGAUUCUUCCAGCAAGGAUAUAUCCAAAGAUGGAUCAUCUGCUGGUAGUUUUACUCUUGAGACCGGCGGAAAUUGGUCGUCAGGAUGCCAGAUCUUAGCUUCAGUUUCAUCUCAAGAGAAUGAUUUGAAGAUGGAAUUGUCUGCGGACUCUGGAAAGGACAAAGCUGGGAUCAGAAACUUUGAGAGUGGCCUUGGAAUCGUAAAAAAGAAAAGGGGAAAGAGGAAGAGAAGGGAUUGUACUAUUGUCAAAGAAGUGAGUAUGGGGUAUAGUGAGACAGUGAGUUCGGCUGCAUGCAUAGAUAGAGAAGGGUCAUCUGAAGGUUUUAAGCAGGAUGUUCUACCCUUACAUGAGGAGUCCGGUGCCUGUGCAGGAGGUGAAAAUACAAAUGUUGAUCUCGCAGGCAUUAUGAAUUCAAUUAUGGAGCACAAGGAUGUUUCGAUCUUUCACUGCCGACUUGAAAGCCAGAAGAGAGCCAGAUACAAGAAGAUGAUCCGCCAACAUGCUGAUUUCCAGACCAUAAUCUCAAGGAUCAGCAAUGGAUCAAUCUCUUCAGCCAAGGAGCUCUAUAGAGACUUGCUACUGCUCUCAAAUAAUGCCCUUGUCUUCUAUCGAAAGGACUCACUGGAGUACAGAUCUGCGCUCACCCUUCGAGAUCUUGUGAGCGAAUCACUACAAAAGAGUGCUGAAUAUCUUUCUCAGGCAUCUGGGGAUCAUGGUGUCACACGUUCUCUUGUUUUGGGCAAAUCAAAAAAACUUCGAAGCAUGCAACCUUGCAAUCGCAGCACCAAGAGGAAUUCGGUGGUUUCUGGUGAAAGCGCUGGAACUCCAAUAAUGGAGAAUGUCAAGAAAGAAUCUUAUGUGGAAGAACCAGAUGGGACUCUGGCUCAGAAGAGAAGUAUCGGGCCACCAGUGAAGGGUAGCCAAAGAAGUGGCAGGAGACGACAGGAGAGCUCUAACAAAGGAAGGAAAAGAGCUCGAAAAAGGUGAUAUUGUUAUGGGCAGGAUAUUUUUGGUUUUCUUGGUUCCCUCAAAGGGAUUUUCUGAAGUAUACCUUUUAAAUUUACUGUCAAAGGGUUUGCUAGUUUCUUUGGCUCUUCUGGAUCUAGCUGGCAAGUUGUAUAGUCUAACCAUAUGAUGAAGAAGAAACUGAUGGUUCUCUUGUUUACAAGGAAAGCUAAUUAAAAUAUGUAUGGUAAUGCUUGUUCCCAAGAUGUGAUACAAGCUUUGCCUUUUCAGUUAAAACUUUCUGAUUUAUCUUUCCUCAAAAGAUGUAACUGAUCCAUGGUUGUGUUGUUGUGCA